AUGUCGGAACAUCGAGCUCGAUACUCACCUCCAUGGGCGGAUAUGACAAUUAUCGGAAUCGCUGGCGGUUCAGGGUCUGGGAAGACGUCUGUCGCUAUGGAAAUUAUCAACUGUCUCAACUUGCCCUGGGUGGUUAUUCUCGUUAUGGACUCGUUUUACAAAACUCUCACUCCCGAGCAGAAUGCUAUAGCGCAUAACAAUGAAUAUGACUUUGACUGCCCGGAUGCGAUUGAUUUUGACAUCCUCGUGGACACCCUCCAGUCUCUUAAAAAGGGACGGAAGGUAGAAAUUCCCAUUUAUUCUUUUGAGAGACAUCAGCGGCAAAAAGAGACCAUAUCUCUAUAUUCCCCCCAUGUUGUCAUCCUCGAAGGAAUACUGGCCUUUACGGACCAAAGAGUAGUAGAUAUGCUGGAUAUUUUCGUGGAAGCUGAUAUGGACGUUUGCCUUGGCAGAAGAAUCCUGCGCGAUGUCCGCGAGAGAGGAAGGACGAUAGACGGCGUCAUCAAGCAAUGGUUUAAAUUCGUCAAACCAUCGUAUCUCCGAUAUGUUGAACCUCAGCGGCAUAUAUCUGACAUCAUAAUCCCUCGAGGCAUUGAGAACAAGACCGCCAUAGAAUCAGACUUGGUGGUCAAGCAUAUUCAGCGAAAUCUCCGAGAGAAGUCUGAAGCCCAUAACCUAGAGUUACAAAAACUGGGCAAACUGGUCGAAGAGCAACCUCUAUCCUCCAAUGUUCUUUGUGAUGAAGCAGACUCCGCAAUUCGUCGGGCCCUCGACACUACCCCAUUCGUUCCAGCAACGGUAACCACACCCCAAAAACAGAUCUAUCAUGGCCUUCGACCAGCUGGCACGAUAUCCGCUGUUGCAAUUCUUCGCGGCGGCUCCUGUUUAGAGACUGGCCUGAAAAAGACGAUACCGGAUUGCAUAACCGGCCGAAUCCUUAUCCAAACAAAUUACCGCACCGGCGAACCGGAGCUACACUACCUUAAGCUCCCCCACGGUAUUAAUACCCACGCCUCUGUCCUGCUCCUUGAUCCACAAAUGUCAAGUGGUGGAGCUGCAUUAAUGGCAGUGCGAGUCCUUGUCGAUCACGGGGUGGAAGAAGGGCGCAUCAUCUUUGUAACUUUCGCUGCAGGCCAACGAGGUUUGCAGAGACUAACAGCUGUAUAUCCCGAUAUCAAAGUAGUGGUGGGACGGAUAGAAGAUGAGGGUGAAGAGAGAUGGAUUGAGAAACGUUAUUUUGGGUGCUAG